CGUCCGAACCAUACUCAACCCGCGUCGGCUCAAUCCAACUGCCGCUCUCUCGCUACGCUUCCACACCUGUCAGGUGGUUGUCGCGACGCAACCCUCAACGAUCGCAGUCUGACGUCAUCGACGCUCACCGAGGUCCAGAUUCUGCAAAGCUAUCAAGAAGAUUAUCGAAUUCGCAAAUUUUCCAGAUCAUCAUACAUAUCAGAGAUGGAGUGACAUUGCUGUCAAACGAAAUCACUAAGCCCUCCACCGGAUCAAUUUCCUCCAUCUCAAAGCAGUUCUAAGCGGCUGUUCCGCGUCCUACAAAGUCAUCAAGAUGUACUCGCUGCUGCUUCUGAGCCUCUUCACGCUCCUGGGUCUGGGCCCGGCGCCGAGCUGCGGGGCGAUCGAGAAGCGGUCGUCGUUCGACUACGAGCUCCAGGACAAGAAGGAGGGCCCCCUCGGCGGGGGCGGGGGCGGCGGCUCCGGGGAGCUCGUCCACGAGGGCGACGUCUACGACUACGCCGGCCUCGAGAAGCGGGCCCCGAUGGGCUUCCACGGGAUGCGCGGCAAGAAGAAGACCAACAACGGCCUCAUGGGCUUCGUCGGGACCCGCGGCAAGAAGUUCGACUACUCCGACGCCGACUUCCAGCUCCUCGACGCAGGGAUCGCCCCCUAUCUAGUUGGUGAAAAGCGGGGGCCGUCGCAGGCUUUCUUCGGAAUGCGCGGCAAAAAGGUGCCCUCCGGAUCGAACUUCUUCGGGGUGCGGGGAAAGAAAGCACCCUCUAAUGCGAAUUUCUUCGGGGUGAGGGGCAAGAAAGCUCCAAGCGGAUUCAUCGGCAUGAGAGGCAAGAAGUACUCCGAGGAUGACAGGCUUGAAGAACUCAUCGACGCCCUCAAGGACUACACUCUCGACAGCUCCAGGGAAAAGAGGGAUAUCGACUCCGCGCUUAGUUUUCAAGAUUUUGCCGCUGUGAGAACGUGAAUAUUAGUAUAAUGGCUCCGUACUUUUUUUCUGGUCACAAAACGAAAUUCUCUUUGACGCAGUGACUUUCUCAAAAUGACGUGCAUACAUAAUGAGGAGUUUUGCAAAACAUCCAGCGGUAUUUGAAGCGUGGAAAAUAAACCCUAGGUUUCCCAUUCAAAACUCAUACCAAAUCGCAUUUCAUAUCAUUGUUAUCCUCCCCGUAAUUUAUUUUCAACCAACCACCUUGCGCUAAAACAGUUGCAAUUUUAUUUCAACUUAUCUUCCUUACCUACUAUUUUGCAGUUCUGAAUUAUUCAUAUACCUUUAGUGUGAGAAAAUGAGAGGAAUAUACUACAGUUAGUUUCGUCUAAAUAAAGAAUAAUAUAAUUGUUUUUAUUUUUUAUUGUUGUAUUAAAAUUUAGAGUUUAAGGAAGUUUAUUCCGAAUAAAAAAAUUUAAAAACCAUAA